AUGGAUAUAAAUUCCUAUCAUUCGCCGUAUGCGUUAGCGUACCGACGUCGCUUACAAAAGAAAAUUCGAAAACCGACUAAAUUAGAUACGUUGAAACAGAGCGUUAAGAAUGUUAGUAAAGAGUAUUGUGCUGAGUCAUCUAUCUGUGGUCUCAAGCACAUUGUUGAUGACAAUGCGUCAUGCUUUGAACGGGGUAUUUGGAUCAUAACUAUGAUUAGCGGACUCAUCUGUUCUGUGUCUUUAGUAUGGAUGACAUUCAUGCGUUACUAUCAGGCUCCCCUGGUAACCACACAGAUGCCAGAAGGUGUAUCUGUUAGUAAAAUCAUAUUUCCAGCUGUCGGUAUUUGCACCAAUAACCGAAUCAGUAAGAGCGCUAUUGAGGAACUAGCUCGAAAUCUGCUACGAGAAGAACGAAAUAAUAAUUAUACGGAGAAGCAAAUGCUAUCCUUACUUCUUGGACUUGGUUUGUUAUAUAAUCAACAACCUAUGAACGAGAAACUAGUGCAGCCAAUGAAACUGCAUCGCGCCUUAGGUGACUACGAUGUCAAUGAACUUAUGCGCAAUUUGACACCCAGAUGUGAAGAUUUGCUG